AUGGAGGAAACUUCAAAUAUCCGACCGGAGUCGGAGAUUUCAAAAAAAAUUAUAUCUGCAAAUAAUUUUGUACCAAUGAGUAUUAGUCCAUCAGUGUUCAUUCCUGAUGAGGUUAUUGAUGAAAGUGAAUGGAGGUUUAGUUUGAUUGGAAGGUUGGAUUUAGUGAAUUUGAGGCUUUCUGUUGCAGAACCGAAUUUGAAGAAACAAUGGACUCUAACUGGUAACUGUCAAUUUAUCCCUAUUGGUAAGGGUUUCUUCAUUAUCAAACUAGAAAAUAAAGAGGAUAUGAAUUUUUUGUAUGAAGGGUUAUGGGAAGUAGAAUCUCAAUAUUUAAAGCUUCGUUUCUGGGAACGAGAUUUCAAACCUGAACAACAACAUUCUACAAGUGCUUUUGUUUGGGUGUUAUUUCCUGGUCUUAGUAUUGAGUAUUGGCGAGAAGAUAUUCUAAUGUCUAUGGGCAUUGCAAUUGGUAGACCUAUUCGAUUUGAUUCUACAACUCUGAAGAAGGAAAUUGGGUUUUAUGCCAGUAUUUUAGUUGAAAUUGAUCUUUCUAAAGAUAUUCCAAAUAAAGUUGUUGUUGAAUCAAAAAAAGAGCAGAAUCAAGGUGUGAAGAAUGCUAAAUUUCAGAAACCUCAGUGGAGGUAUACGCCUAAAAAAGUUACAACUCAAAACUCUGGUGGUUUUGAUAUUUGCUUUCCUUCUACUUCAAACUUGGAUAAUGAAAAAAUUAGUGAUGAAGAAGAAUAUGAUGCAAUUUUUCCUCCAAUUCAGAUUACUACACCUACACUCAACAAGGAAAAGGAAUUUACUGGUAUUCUGGAGUCCCCUGCUGAUUUUCCUGCAUUAUCUGUGAACAAAAUUAUUGAUGUGGGUGCAAGUGUGCACAAUGUACUUUCAGUUAUAGAAUCUCCUUCUAGUGUGAUUGAGCAAAUAGCUUGUGGAGUUGAUGAACCAGUAACAGUGGUCAAUAAUAACAAAUCUGAGGUUUUAUCAGCUUCUUUGAUAUCAAAUAACAAUACAGAAACAAUAAUUUCAGAUAGUUGGAAAACAGUUGCUGGCUCUAAUACUAUAUUCAAUAAUGCAAACACCAGUACUGACUCAGGUAAAGCCUUUUCUUCUCCCAGUAAAUUUCAAGCUCUAGUUGAAGUUGCUGAAAUACAGGAUCAACUUUUUUCGAAAGUAAUAAGUAAACUUGUCAAAGGGAAAAAAGUUAAAGGAGUUCCUAAUGUGACUACAAGGAAACAAGCUCAUACUUCAGUUAAAUCAAAUGGUAAUAUGGGAAGUACUGGUACUUCUCAAUCCACUUUUUCUCAAUGA